AUGGCGACAAAGAAGUCGGGGACGGGUGAGACUGAGUGGGACGUGAACACCCCCCCGGACUCGCCGUUCAUUACGGACCCCGCCCUGGCGGAGGGGUUUUCCAUCCCGAUCGAGUACGUGCGGCGCAUGGAGGAGGCGCAACGCCUGUACGCGGUCCACGACGCCGAGCAGCAGGCAGUGGCCUAUGCAUACAGGCGGGCCUCGUGGACUGUAGGGAUUCAGUGUGGCUGGCUCGGCGUUGGUGUCUGGCUGACGGUGCGUGGGUAUAGGUAUGCCGACCCCGUCCAGUCAUUCGUGAGUCGAUUCACGUCAAACCGCGUUUUGUGCCGUGCCUUCACCCCUGUUGCGAUGCUGGGGCUAACUAUUACAAUGCUGACUUCCUUGCAGCUGCCGUUUGACGUGCGUGCGGCGCUUGUGGCACGAAAAGCGUUGGAAGUGGAGGAGAUGAGGAAGGUAGAGGCUCUGAAGGAGCGUGCAGCGGUGUUUCGGGAAGGCAGGGCAAUAGUAGGCCGGUUGAAGGAGGAAGAACGUCGAGCAUUUGAGACUGACAUGGAAAAGGCGAAGAAUCUAUCGAAAUGA